CCAGACGCGUAGGGCACCAAUGCAAUGACACGCUUCUCUUAUAGUCAGAGAGUGCCAUUGCUCUCUCAAAACCACGCUGCGUAAUACAUGUCCUCAAGCACGACCAGCCAUCCGACUUGUGGGCGGUGUUUGUUCUCCGCAAGAAAUCCCAACGCAGUGGAUAGUUGACGUUGAUCAUCCUGACAAACGCAAUGGCUCAAGCUGAGAAAGCGCAUGCAAGAAGCCCAUCUAUCGAACACAGAACAUCAUGGUCUUGGAAAAGGCUGUUGGGGAAAACUGAUGCGAAUGCAAACCCUCCUGCACCACCACCGGAGGAUGAACAACAGGCUGGCAUUGUCCGCCGCCUCUCUAGAAAGGUCGUGCCAGAGCUGCCUCGCGCACCCACGUUCAAGAGACAACAAUCAGAACUUCGAGAUAGACUGGAACCGAACCAGCCACUUCCUGAUGAACGACGAACACUAUCAGUGGACCGACGUCGAAUCUCUAACUCGUGCCGAAACUCAGCGGCGGCGGUGAUGGCGCAACCAAGGUUGAGCGCCCCCGAGUUCUUGGAAACGACGGAGACUAUCGAGAGCGUGCUAGGGAGGAGCGAUAUACACACACCACAAACACAAGAUGAGGCGAAGGAAUUUGUGGAUAUUCGGAAUGAGGCUUCGAAUAUCGACACGCAGUCGAUUUCGACCGAGGCAUUUGAUGAGAUGAUUCUCGAGGAGCUGGAAAAGAGGUGGAUCUUGAACCUCAGCAUGCACUUCAGGGACAAGUCGAAGAGGGAGAAGUUUUUUGUGACCUUCGCAGAAACACCGACUCAUUGGAGGCGUGUAACUCUUUCUCUGGACUACCGAAACGCUCCUGAAGGAUCACUGGAAGAAGAGCUGCUACGCACAAAAUUCCAGCGUGACAAAAGUGCCCGCAUAUAUGAGGCGAUUCGCGAAUCACUUCCAGAUAUCCAAUUUUACGAUACGGUCACAAAUCUGAAGUUGCAGACUGAAAAUGAGAGACUUCAUGUUCACGUGGUUGAGGAUCUUUCAGAGAUCAUCCCGUACCCUCCGGUUAAAGCUAUCAAUCAUCUCAACUGUCGAAGAGUCCGUGAGGAUGAGGUUGUUUUUGACUCGCAUCUCUCUGGUUUCGUCUACAAAGUCACAGUUGAUGGUGAGGCGUUCAUCAAGAAAGAAAUUCCUGGACCUGACACGGUAGACGAGUUCCUGUACGAGAUCAACGCACUACAUCAGUUAUCUGGCUCCCAUAGUGUGAUCCAAUUUGGUGGCGUUGUUCUUGACACCAAGGGCGAAGUUGUGAAGGGCCUUCUCAUCAGCUUCGCAGAACAAGGAGCAUUAAUUGACGUUAUCUACGAUGGAGAAGGAAAAAUUCCCUGGCGCCGCCGCGAAAGAUGGGCCAAAGAGAUUGUCCAAGGACUUGCAGAAAUCCAUGAGGCUGGCUUCGUUCAGGGUGAUUUUACACUCUCCAACAUCGUCAUUGAUUCGAACGACAACGCAAAAAUUAUCGACAUCAACAGGCGAGGAUGCCCCGUCGGUUGGGAACCCCCAGAGGUUGCUGCACUCAUUGACAGUAACCAACGAAUCUCCAUGUACAUAGGGGUCAAGUCGGAUUUGUAUCAGUUGGGCAUGGUUUUGUACGCUUUAGCUACCCAACAAGACGAACCAGAGAACCAUCGGCCCUUGAGCCUGGACAGCUUUCCAGCAGAAAUACCAGACUAUUACUCGGAUUUAUGCCAUCGUUGUCUGAACCAUGAUCCAAGGUGUCGAUCGCAAGCCUCGGCCCUCCUCACUUUGUUUCCAGAUGUCGAGGAGUACCAUUCUUCUGGACGCUCAAUACCAGUUGUGGUUGAUGCAUGCUACCCAGAGGAGAAGCACCUUCCCAAUCAUGAAGAAUUGGAUACUCCAAGGACGCUGGAGUGGCAGGGGCCCGGUGGAAAGCCUUUCGAUGUGUAUGAUUAUGCGAUCACUGACACAUCCGGCGAGGAGGAUUACUUUCCCAGGCGUGGCAGAUCUCGCCCUGCGCCCGUGAGAUACCAGAUUAUUCCUGCAGAGAUCCCAUUACCCAUAUCAAAUUCAGGAUCCGAUUUAGUGGAUAUUUCUCGCGAUACAGCUGCGGAUGAAGUAAAACUUUCAACCGUGGAGACGAAGGAAGACCGCACACAGAACAUUACACAGCAUAAUAUGGAACCACAGGCCAUAUCAGCAUCUGAUGGACCGCGAGACACAGCAGCGGCAGUUGAACCAUCGACAGCAUACCAUGCAGACUUAGCAGGCGUUGGCAGCGCGCAUUCUCAUUUCGAGAUCCCAACAGCGAAUUUAGAUGACGAAUUAAUGACCGACACGCAUAACGAGGAACUUGUUGUUAAAACUACGGCCGCAGGAUAGGGGGGGGGGCAUCAUUUCUACAUCUGAGAAGGACUAAUAGGGGUGUGCUUCAUCUGGCGACAGUGAGACACCACCGGAGGGUUUCUGGGAUAUAUGG